AUGUCCACUCCGAUUACGCCUCCACAUCCCAACGCCAACUCGGAAGUUGACCUUACAAACAUUAGAGAAAUUCCUCGAGAAUUGGAGAAUGAGCUUCAAUUGAACCCCGAUCUUUCGGAUGAUGAGGAGGAGCCCAUCAAAAUAGAGCAAGACAAGAGCUUCAAAGAGGAAGACGUUUACAAGUCCGAUACAUUCAAGCAAGAUUUAACCGAGGAACUUGUCUUGGAUUUUAAACUUCCCUCUGGUUUGGGUCCAGCAUUAUCUCUCACACAACAAAGUAGAUUCAUUAGUUUCGUGGAUGACAAGUUACUCCAGAUUCAAAGAAACUUCAUCAAGUAUCUUUCAGAAGAAGACUCCACAUACACAUUAAGCCAACUGAUUAGGCAAAUAAAUGAGACUAUAUCCAUACUAUGGUAUUCAAUUUUUAGAGUGGAACAGAUUCCGGUAGUUUUUCACUCAGCCAUUCUAGGGCGUAACUCCACGAGUUUGAACCAUGCCUCAUCUGUUGAUUUAUUUGGACAACCUCAUUAUUUUAUAAGAAUUAUUGGCGACUUGAUUGAUUAUGUGGAAAAAUUUCCCCUUUCAAGUGUAGAUGAGUUGAGAGAGCUAUUAGCACUGGUUGCGAAGCUGGAUAACGUGGUAAUUGUACUAGUUGAUCAAGACACAGUCUCCACACCUUCAGCGAAGAAAGAUUUCAUUGAUAAAACCGAAAAGGUAAGGCUAUUAUCUCUGGCUACGCGGUUCAAGCUUUUAUUGCUGUCAAAGUAUGAGGAACUGAAAACUGUUCGUCAUCCCAUUACUGCAGAGUUUAAUAUCUGGCCGGAAUAUGAUCAGCUAGUAGGUCAGGUUUAUGAAGGGAUAAUAGAUCGAACUUCUAUAUGA